AUGUCACGCCGUGGUGUCGGCCUUGGUGCCUUUGUGAAUCGCAACCAAACGACGCAGUCAUAUGCCACUCAUGGCGCUAACCUACGUUCCACGCAUCUGGCGUCCCUCCAGACUCAGCUCUCGGUCUUCCAGUCAUUACUUCAUACGUUCGCUCUCGAGCACAGUUCUACCAUCAAGUCCAAUCCGACUUUCCGGGCAGAAUUUGCGCGCAUGUGCAAUACCAUCGGAGUUGAUCCUCUUGCUGCUAGUAAUAUCAAAGGCAAAAAUGGCCGACGAGGGCUGGGUGAGGGGGGUAGCUUCUGGACUCAGAUCCUCGGGGGAGACAUGAACGACUUCUACUUUGAGGUUGCCGUACGUGUAGUUGAACUUUGUCGCGAGACGAGGGGUGAAAACGGUGGCUUGAUUGGCGUGGAAGAGUGCCUGAAGCAAGUAGGCAAAGGGAAGGCAAUUGGAAGUGGACUAGAGGUUACCGAGGAUGAUAUCCUCCGCGCUGUCCGUUCUCUCGAGCCUCUCGGCUCUGGAUUCUCUAUCGUUCAUGUUGGCUCCAAACAAUAUAUACGAUCCGUUCCAAAGGAGUUGAACACUGACCAGUCGACCGUACUGGGGGUCAUUCAAGUCCUGGGAUUUGUGAGCGUCUCAAUGCUGCGGUUGAAUCUGAAUUGGGAAAGGGCCCGAGCACAAACUGUGGUUGAUGAUCUGCUAGCUGAUGGCCUCGUGUGGCUGGAUGCACAGGGCCCCGAGAAAGAAUAUUGGUCCCCUCAAAAUCUUCUGGAUGAUAGUUGA